AUGAAGGACCGCACACAGGAGCUCAGGAGCGGCAAGGACAGUGACGAUGAUGACGAGAUCGUUCAUGUUGACCGAGACCAUUUCAUGGAUGAAUUCUUUGAACAGGUGGAAGAAAUCCGCGGCUGCAUUGAGAAACUGUCAGAAGACGUGGACAAAGUCAAGAAACAGCACAGCGCCAUCCUCGCCGCCCCCAACCCAGACGACAAAAUCAAACAGGACCUCGAGGAUCUCACGGCCGACAUCAAGAAAACUGCCAACAAGGUCCGCUCCAAGUUAAAAACCAUCGAGCAGAGCAUUGAGCAGGAAGAAGGGCAGAACCGAUCUUCCGCAGAUCUGCGCAUUCGGAAAACUCAGCACUCCACCCUGUCUCGGAAGUUUGUGGAGGUGAUGACGGAGUACAACGCCACUCAGUCCAAGUACCGGGACCGGUGCAAGGAUCGGAUUCAACGACAGCUGGAGAUCACCGGCCGAACCACAACCAACGAGGAACUGGAGGACAUGCUGGAGAGCGGCAAGCUGGCUGUCUUCACCGAUGACAUCACUAUGGACUCCAAGAUCACGAAGCAGGCCCUAAACGAGAUCGAGACCCGCCACACGGAAAUCAUCAAGCUGGAGAACAGCAUCCGCGAGCUCCAUGACAUGUUCGUCGACAUGGCGAUGCUCGUUGAGAGCCAGGGGGAGAUGAUUGAUCGUAUCGAGUACAACGUGGACCACUCGGUGGAUUACGUAGAGCGUGCCGUCUCCGACACAAAAAAAGCUGUAAAGUACCAGAGCAAAGCUCGCAGGAAGAAGAUUAUGAUCAUUAUCUGCUGUGUGGUCCUGGCAGUGGUCAUCGCCUCCACCUUUGGAGGGGUCUUCGGUUGA